GAGUGACGUCACCAGUGCACCUGGUAUUCAGCCGGACGUGGUUUGUGUUGCUCCGACUCCUGAAAAAUCGUUGUAAAUAUGGCUUACAGCUCCGCGUCCUUGUGCCAGCAAUGGGUCAACUAGGUGUUAAAGUUCUCCUUAAACGGUGAGCCCAGUGUAAAUGUGGUAAAUGUCCACAUGAUAGCCCCAUUCGACAUCGGACCUUUUCAGUUUAGCAUGCAUCCUCAAGCUAGAAUCUUCUCGGUGACGUCAUCCCUACCUACGUCAUAAUGGGGCGCUGGUGACAUGGCCACGUCAUGCAUGCUGCCUAACCCGAUGACUUGCUGCGCUUCCUGUGACGUCACAGCAGAUACCUUGCAUGACGCCAUUCCUUUGAGGGGCGCUCUGAGAGAUGUCAUUACUCUGUCCAGUCAGUGUCACGGCUUGAUGGCUCCCACACAGGCCAUCACCUCCAGUGCUCCUCACCGCGUUCCUUCUCCGCUGUUGUCCGCGAUGGGCGUCAGCCAGCACAGUGACGAUUCCCUCCAAGGUCCUCCUUCUCCGGCGCCGUCUCCACCGAGGAGUCGCUCUCCGCCUCGUGCGGCCGCUGCCAAACACGUGUCCUCCUCCGCCACAUCUGUUCACGCUCUAGUCUCGGGGGGCGAUUUGUCCGUCAGUGAGGAUGAGGUCAACCAACUCCCUCUCCUGAAGGUGUCGUCGAAGGAGCUGCGAUAUAGAGGCGAGGGAGCAGAACACAUCGUCUUGAGAGUCCUCACCUCGGGACAGGUAUUACGCAUUCGGAAAACAGCCGUUGGAGCAACAUCCUCAAAGAAGGACUUGGUCAUCCGGGCGAAGAAGGACGAGGAGUUUCUUCACAACGUGGCUCGACCUAUUCUGGGACCUCUCCUCACAGACGAGUCCCGACUUGUCUGCCUCGACGCAUCCACCGUUCAGGAGCUGCGAGACACCUUAGCGCCUCUGAGACAAGUUCAUCGCCGACAUAAAGGAAUAAAUAACGAAGGAGUAGCCUGCAUCUGCCCGGAUGCAGCCAGCAUUUUUAUUUCAAGAAAGUCUUCAACUCUGUCUUCCUCGCCAGCUUCGUCCAAUUCAUCGUCAGCUAGUUCUUGCUUUUCACCUUCACCAUUGUUAUCUCAUGAUGUCAUCAUCAGUUCGUCUUCCUCCUCGAGAGUGUCGAGCGAACAAGUUUCUAGUAGUGUCCAGGAGCCUCAUUAUAAUGGACAAGACAUUCAGUUGAUACCAAGGAUGAAUUUCUCCUCUCGGGAGAUUUCUCAGGGAGCCAAAGCUGGAAAGAAUCUCAGGAACACCCAACCAUCAAGUACAAGUAGUUUACCUAACGAUUCAUCCCCCUCUGAAGUGGAGAACAGUUCAUGUUCAGAACUCAAGAAAGCCUCGUUGUCUGAAUGGCAAAACGUCGAGGAAGCAGACUGUCCAACGAAUUCCUUGCACAGCACUUCAAGCAUUUCUGUCAAUAGGGAGCCACGGAACAUAUGCAUUGAAAUCAAACCCAAGCAAGGUUUCAUUGACACCUCGACUCCCGAGUUGCCUCUCUGCAGGUAUUGCGUCAAGCAGCACAUCAAGGUUGGGAAGGAUGCAGACCAUGCUACCAGCUGUUACUGUCCUCUUGAUCUCUUUUCUGGUAAUCUGACAAGGAUGAGAAAAGCAGUGGAUGGUUUAUUCGAGUCACCUCAAAAUAAUUUCAAAGUGUUUUUGGAUGGUGAACCAGUAGAAAACUGUUUGUCCUUCAGGUACUUGCGGGACAUCAUCAUUGCUGCUCUAACUUAUGACUUUAGAACACCUAGGGUGGAACUACAUGAAAAUGGACCUCUGAACCCAUGCUCUCCUUUAGGGAGAACUCUUGGAUUUCAGAUGCUUGAUAAACUGGGAGUGUAUUGUGCAGCAAAUAUGUAUCGUUAUCUUGUUAAAAUUAUGGGUGACUCCAAAGCAGCAGAUGCUUUACUCCAAGAUCUCAAGUGCUGGACUGGAGAUAGUCAGUUUUGUCAAGCUAGUAGCAAAAUUUGCACCAGAUGUUUCCAAGAGGACUCCAAGCAAGUUAAUGGUGUAAGUGAUGUGAUCUGUAGAGGCCUCAUUGACAAAGGCUCUCAUGAAAAUGAACAUGAAAUUUUUUAUGAUCCUUCAACAAGAAGCAUAGCUUCAGAUCAUCUGGAACAUGACAUAGGAAGUUGUUUAAAUCCUAAAUUAAACCAAGAACAUUCUUUAUCAAUCACAAACAUCAAGAGGAUACCAGAACAUAUAGUAUCAGGAGAGUUUUUCAUACAGGAUGACAUAAUCCGUAAAUUACAAGAAUAUUUGUUGUCGACCACAGCCAAGGAUUUAUCUUUGAUGAUAUUGCUGAGUGGGCCAUACAGAAGUACUCCUGUACCACACAAUGCUGUGAAUGCUUCACCAUUCAUCAUAGAGCUUGACGACAGUUCAUGGUAUCGAUGCCAAGUAACAGGGGUAGACUUGGUAGCCAAACCUCCUAGCAAAAUUUUAAAACAUGAGCAAGAUUACGUGUGUCUGAAAGCAGUAUUGGAGGACUUACAGAAACAAGGGAAGAAGCCAGCAUGUUGUAAGUAGUAGCCGACUCUCAUUUUUAUUCACCUGGUGCCAUAACAGCGCAUGCUGUCAGCAUGCAGCCUUGAUUCAGUGUGCUCUUCUUAUUGUAGGAGAUACAGCAUAACUCAUAUGUAGUUAUGAAUGUCGUUUUAAUUCUUGUAGUUUAAUUGAUGUGCUAAUCUGUAUAUAGAUACAGUUUAACAAUAAAGUAUCAAAUAUGUACUUUAAUAUAGGGCCAUAUUUUUAUCAAGAUAUUUUUAUCCAGUUUGAAAUAUUAUUUUUCUCAAAUCUAAUAUUGCAUGGUGCCAUAUCCUGCUUAUGAGAUAAAGAUAUAUUUAUGGUAUCACUUUAGUGAAUUGUCUUAAUUAUACAGAAGGACAUAAUCUUUUAUUGUAUAUGUAUAAGUGUGUGAUGAAUUUUUUUUUAAGAAGAUUCGGUGCAUUGUGUAUAUCAACAAAGUGAUGAGUAAGCACAUGAGCUUUUGUGAAUGUUGAAAAACUUGUUAGCCUGUUUGAUUGUACUUAACUUAAACAAAGAGCAAACAAUGUAAUUGAACUCUCAGAACUGUUUACAUGGAUUGCAAAAGAAAUGAAAACAAUUAAGUCAGUGAUAACAAAAAGCAAAUGAAAAUUUUAUGGAAAUUCAGAACAGGGUAAUAUGCAUUAUGUAUUUUGGACUUACAGGAAAAUUGAUGGUUAAGUUAGUAGGAAUGAAAUAGUAACAAUUUAGUGGUCAUGGUUAUUGAUUGAAACUAUAAAUUUAUAUUGUACUGACUCUAUUAACUCAUGCUUUUAGUAGCAAUACAUUAGUUUGAAUAGAUUUGUGCUGUUAGUAAUAUUCUCGUAUGUAUUUUUUUUUAUUCUCAAAAUAAAGGUGGGUAGAUGCCAGUAUGCUAAAGGCAGCAAGUUUAUAUGUUGAAAUAGGUAUGCUGUUUGCAUUGUAUAGUUUUAUAAUUCUUAUGACUGUACAGGUAUGUAAGAUGUAAAGUUAAUAUCAGUCAGUGUCCGUUUUGACAAAGAAACAUAUUCUGAAUUAUUGAUAAACCAAAGAGUAUUUUAAUGAUAAAGAUGUACUUCUUAUGACCAUACUUAUUUAUAUAAAAAUUAUCCCCAGUUAAAUUGUGUAAAGCUGGUGAGUGCCACUGAGAACGGACCAGACUUUAUCCAGCUAUUCAUUAAUGGGGCCAUUGCCUUCUUAAGUUGCACAGUAUUACCUUGAAAAUUUCUGGAUAUACACCUUUCAUGUACCACUAUUUGGCAGAAAACAUAUGAAAUCAGAGAAUAAGACCCUUUUAUAUCAAGGAAGAACUUAAUUUUUUCAAAAUUUUAGUAUUACAAUAGGCUGGAACCACAUAUACGUAAUGGAAUUCUAUCAUAGUACUGAAUACUAUUAUAUUUUUUAUAUUAACUACAAUGAAAAUAUCAUUGAAAAACUUUAAAAUAAUGUAAUCAAUGUACACAGGCUUCACCAUACAUAGGCAGUAGAGAAAUGCAUCUUGCACAUCCUAUAAGUAUUUGUUAAUGAAAAAUACUUCCAGAGAGAUUUGUCAUUAUAACCCUAUUUUGAGGAGAAAUUUUUAUUUACAAGUAUCAAGUAUUACAACACAUAGUAUAAGUGCUAUUCAAGUGAAAGAUCAUAACUAAACAAAAAGUUUAUGUAAAAUUUUGUUUACAAAUAUUAAUGAAAACUUCAACACUAGGCCUUAGAAAAAAUUUCAUUUUCACAAAGAGUGGUUUUAAUUUUACCUCAACAGGUAAAAGGUCUUGAAUUUUGUAAGGAAUUGGCAUUUUGAUUAAAUACCAACUUAUUUCCCAUCUUAUGACAGAGUUUCCUUCAUUAAUUGUAUGUGGCUGCUGGUGCUAUAUUUUGUAAAUUCAGAAAGAAUAAGACUAGAAUUCUUUAAUUGAUGCUAAUAUUGUAAAUUUGUUAGCACCAGUGAUGUAUUUAUACUAAAUGUAUAAAUUUCUUUAUUAUUUCAUUAGCCGUCCAAAUUUAUUGUUUUUUUUUAGGUGUAAAAUAGUGAAACAAGAGGACUUGUUAAAGACUGUUACAUAUUACUGAACUUGUUAAAUGAUGCUAAAAGAAAGUUCACCAGUGCUGAAAUUUUUAAACACAUUGUUUUACAGACAUCAUGAUCUGUAAUGAACGGAUAAAUAUUAAUACCUAAAAAUUUUUAUAAAUUGUGAUUUAACUAUCUGGCUCUAGGCUUCUAUAGGUGUUAGACUGACACUCCAGUUACAAGUUUUUUCCAGUGUGCUUCUGGCCUCUGAUAUUGAAGUUGUGCUGGGAAUUUGUACUUCUUCUGAACUCAGUGCACUUGAUUAUAAAUGGGUUAUUACUCUCAUCAACUUUAAUAGGGUUUAUGUAUGGUUUUCCACCUAGUUAAAGGAAUCUAGUAUCAAUUCUUUUGUGUUACGUAGUACAUAUUGAUUCUUUUCAUCCUGCAGGAAUUAGAAUGGGAUAGUAGUAAUCUGUAGUCCUGAUGCAGCUCUGAUUUUAUCUUUUAAUGCUUUCAUGGAUUUAUUUCAACCCCUUUUUCAUUGGGGUUUUUCUUCUCUGGAUCAUGGUAGGAUUUUUUUUAUGAAUGGUGGCAACAAAUACUGUGAAGUGAGGACUACCACUAAAUUUGAGGGGCUUGUACAGUAUGUAGUCUUCUUAUGCUAGUUGUGCUAAAUGUCCACAAAGAGCAAUUGCCAAAGUGCAUAAUUCCGUUCCACAGCCAAAAGAAUUCAUGAGUUAUUAUGCACUGAAUAUUCUCCUGGCUUGUAAGAGAUCCUUUCAUCUUAUUUACAGUUCAGUCAUAACCGAAAGCCUAUUAUUAGUGUUUGGUUUCUUUUAUUUUUAUGGUGUAGAGAAAGACAGGCAAGUUACCCCAAAUGAGCCUGGUCCUACAAGAAAAGAUGUAUAUGGAAUUCAUCCAUAAAUGGCUACUACAAAAAAGAAGCAGGUUAAGCGAUUCAGGAAAUCCUUAAGAAGACAGGAACAUUAUGUAAUUGAAUGGUAUGAAAGAUUGUUGAUAAUAAAUGAAUCUUGAAAUUGUGAGCUCCACACAGUAUAUGUGGAUUGUGAAGCCUGACAUGCACAAUGAGAGAGUGAGAGAGAGAAAAUAGAAAAUGAAUCAAGAUACCGGUAAGUUGACUAAAAAAAAAUUACAUACAACAAUUGUACAACUGAAGAAAACUUCAAAGUACUAUUAAAACUGCUCUCAAACUUAUAUGUAUCAUCAUCAGUAAUAUGGUUUAUAGCUAAAUGAAUGACACAGUUGAUGUGCAGUGGAACCUUGAAUUUUGUACAUAAUCCGUUCCACGUCUCACGAAGUCCGAAAUGUACGAAAUCUGAAACAGUAAUUCCCAUAAGAAAUAAUGAAAAUCCAAUUUAUGUGUUCCAGACACCCAGGAAUAUUAACAAAAAAUAAAUUUUAUAGAGAAUAAACACAUUUUAUCAUACAGCAAACAAUGAGAAAUAAAAAUAAAUUACUAAUGAAUGGACAAAUAAAUAUUUAACAUCACUCUUACCUUUAUGGAAGACUUGUUAGGUUAUAAAAAACAGAGAGGAGGGGAGAGGGAGGAGGAGAGGUUAUUGUUUUGAAGGGGAAUCCCCCUCCAGAAGAACUUCAGGUAUCAAGGACCCAUCUGGAGUUAUUUUCCUCUUCGUUUUUUACUGGCACUACCUGAGGUUACUUCCCCACUUCGUUUUUUGCUGGCACUAGGACCAGCUUGAGUCACUGGAGUCUAGACCCCUGUUGUACAACAAAACUGCCCAAAGACAUUUGUUUUUGGUGUCUAUAAAAUUUGCCUAAAGUGAAACAAGGCAUUAUCAUUAAACAUAUUGGAGAAACAGGUUACAAGAUCUAAGUUGGGAUGAUAAUUCUCAAAAAAAUUUUUUUACAUCACUCCACUUUGCAAGUAAGCACAUUGUGUGUGCCUGUUUGAUUUUUUAAUUUUUCAAACCAACCUCUGCUGGCUUCAAAUUCACUAACAGCAGCAUUCGUUGUAGGAAUUUUUAUUAUUGAAAUCAGCAUGAAACAUCCUUGCCUUUUCACCAAGUAUUGCCUGCACACUUUGCUAUGAAUUCUUUCUUGAAUUCUGUAGCGUCUCUCGCCUUUUUUUAUGGAAGGGCUGGCACUUAGAACUUUGUUUGGCCACAUGGUGGUUUAUUCAGCAGUUGCACUCCAAUAAAAAAAAAGUGCAAAAAACAAUUAACAAAGAAGCAGAAUAGGUCACAAGAGAACUUGGGAUGCUUUGGGCACAAUACCGACCUAGUCAUGCUAGUCAUUAGGUGGGCCCUGGAAGCAGUGUUUCUGGGUGUGUGAAUUCCAAGGAAAUCUACAAAACCCAAGUCAAAAUUUUGUAAAAAAAAAAAAAAAAAAAAAAAAAAAAAAAAAAAAAAAAAAAAAAAAGUCAACAAAAACCGAAUCAUACAAAAACCAGGGUAUAUGAAAUCCAAGGUUUGAUUGUAAAGCCAGUCCCCCGGUUCUGUUCUUGGCAAGGUGCUGAUAAGCGAAAAAUGCCAUUAACUGAAACUCGUCGAUUUAUGGUGCUAUGGUGCCGAGUUUCGGUUAAUGGCGCCUCUGUUCGAUAGGUUACAGCACCAUAACUCUAUUGUUGGGAACUUAUGGCGCCGAUAACCAAAACUCGGCCCAUUAUGGUGCCAAAAAUCACUGAUUUUAUGGUACUAGACAAACACCAUAAAACCAGAUCACCAUUAACCAAGGCCAUUGAUAACCAGGGACUGCCUACUGAGUAAUUUUUGACACCAUGGCACCUCAGCUGAAAAUUGUCUAGGUCAAUGUAGUAUAUAGCCGAGUGAUUAACAGUUCAGAAUACUGUAGUCUAGAUAAAUAAUGAUCAAACUUUUGAAACUCUAAAUUUAAGACCAGUAACAUUCAGUACAUCUUCUGAAAGGCUGUUUGACAGUUGAAGAAAAGCUAUUUAGGUUUCAUCAAAAACCAGUUCCACAUAUUGAGGGAGGCUGCUGGGUUCCCUAUAGAUUAUUUUAUUUAAUCCCCAUUCCUUUUUACUGGAAUUCAUGUUAUGUAGAAUGAUAAGUUUGUUUGCUUGUUUGCUGAGUUACUAAUUGUUUGAUAUGUAGCUAAAUAUUUUAGAUAUAAAUGCAUCCUUGUACGUAUUUAAGCAAACCAUCAGACAUAUACUUCAUACAGUGUUACCUGGAACACAGGAAUAGGAUGCCUGCCGCUAGUUAGAGCCGGUUAGUUAAGUCACUGACAAGCAUGAUUAGUUGUGAUGUGGCCUGUUUCAAAUAUUUUGAAAUUAGGACAUAUAUGGAGCAGUGAAAAACUUAAUAAAAAGUACAUCUUUUCUUUGUAAUUUUUCCAAGGUUCUAAAGAUCCCAUAGUCAGUGAAAAGCACAUUAAGUGCAUAAAUAAAGAGAAAUUCGUUUUUCUUGUAAGUAAACGGUGUAGUAUAUAAACUUAUAAUACCAGACAAGAAAAUUGCUCAAGUUUUGUGGGAAGAGCUCGGUAUAGUACUUAUUGUAUUUUCUUCAAAGUCAAAUGUAAAUCUAGCUUUAGUCACUCAGAAGUAUUUCUGCAAGCACUGCCAGAUAUAUAUUACUAAAAAUUUUAGAAAAAAGGAUCUUAAUUUAUAUUUAUUAAUGACAAUAUUUUAGACUAUGUUCUGUAUCUAUGCCUUACGUUUUGUUCUUUUAAAUAAGACAUCUCCACCGGCUUAUAGGAUCUUGGUAAUUUUAGCAUUGUUGUUAUUUUUUAUAAAUUACAUACUCAACAUUUGAAGUAAUAUAUGUAAUUGUUAAUAGACAUUUCUACUUUCCAUGUAUAGAAGAAAACUGGUGUAGUAUAUUAAAACAAUGUUGUUGUUGUUAUUAUUAUUAUUAUUAUUAUUAUUAUUAUUAUUAUUAUUAUUAUUAUUAUUAUUAUUAUUAUUAUUAUUAUUUGUUUAGUGAAGCUUGCAGUUUUAUAAAGAAUAUGUUAUGUACUGCAAAGUGAUGACCUUAUGUGCAUUCUUCCCAAGGGAUUAUUGUAUAAAAAUUAUCUGAAGGACUUCAAGAAGUCUGCAUGCUUUGGUUAACCAUAGCCUAUUAAAUGUUGAGGUCAGUUUUUCUUAUACUGAAAGAGUUUAUUUUGUCAAGACUAUUGCUCUCUCUAAGGUUUAAUUAAUAAAAGAUAUUCUUACAAGCCA